AUGCCCCAAAUCAUGACAAUGAGUUGCCAACAGACUUUAUCAGCGGCACCUCUGGAUCUACGGACCUCGACCAGAGGACGUGCAAGCAAUGUUGACAACACAGCGAGUGACACAGGUCGCCUCAGUGACAGUGCUGAAGUGAAAGCGGAGUUACCGGCAAACCAGCAAGACUGUAUUAAUGGAUCGCGGACCACUACCUCUGUCCCUGACCAUCAAGUACUGUCACAUCAAAAGAAGCCACAUCUUAAAGACUGCACAAGUCCGGAGAAGACUCAGUGUACCAAUAACUCGGACUCUGCUUUUGUCCAGGUUCGCGUAAAGCCCGAGUCGGUUGCGGAGGACACGAUUGCUGCCAAAUCACAGGACGCAUCACCUUCAAGACUUCCCUUUAGGAAGCGUCCUUACCCUGGUGGAUCGGAGUCUCCAGCUCAACCAAGCACCCUUUGCCAAAAAGAUUUUGCAAACGGCGCAAAAUCUCGCAAACUUGCUACAAGUGUUUUGAAAACAACCGACCAUUAUGAAGUUCAUGAGGCAUUUGGACGUGUAACGGCACAAGACACCAUUAGUGGUUCUAGGCAGCUGGACCCCUUAAUCCUCCGUCCCUUUGCACUGUGUCCCAGGGCUGCUGUACCUCAUGGAGCUAGAGCACACCUCUCCCCCUGGCAGGUCCAGGUGGAACGGCUGCAGGCUGACGUUGCCCUAGCGACACACCAAGACGAUGACGGAGACACGCCUCUUCAUAUAGCUGUGGUCCAAGGCCAGGAGGAGAUGGUCCACAGGCUGAUACACAUUCUAAAAUGGGCGAAGAAAGAUGUGGACAUCUACAAUAGCAUGAGACAGACUCCACUGCACUUGACUGUCAUCACCGGCAACGUGGACCUCGUGAAGGCUCUGUUGAGGGCAGAUGCUGACCCUGGUGCCCUGGACCGCAAUGGUCAGAACACUCUCCACCUGUGUUGUGAAUACAACCAGGCAUCCUGCCUCUUUGAAAUCCUCUCCCACCCAUCUAACUCUGUCUCUUCCUGGCUGGAGACCCGCAACUAUGAAGGGCUCUCUCCUCUCCACCUGGCUGUGCAGAGUGGAAACAAGGAACAGGUUAAACUGCUGCUGAAGAACGGCGCAGACAUCAACGCAGUGGACAACAAGAGUGGUCGAAGCCCACUCAUGCAUGCGGUGGAGGCCAACAGUAUGGAGAUGGUCAACCUCCUCAUUGAGUGUGGCUGUGACGUAAAUGCCCAAUCCUACAGCGGUAACACGGCCCUGCACAGUGCAUGUGGUCGGGGCUACAUAGAGGCAGUGCGGACUUUGCUGAAAAAUGGAGCCGACAGCAGCCUGAAGAACUACCACAACGACACAGCAGUCAUGGUGGCCAAAAACAAGAGAGUCACAGAUGUGCUCCGUGGGAAGGGGUCACGGACCGUACCGACCAGAACUGACAUCCAGAGUUCUGUGCAUUCCCCUCAACGCAACACAUCGCUGGCAAAGCAGUUCAGCAUUAAUGGGUCUGCAUCUCCAAGGCUUGUUGGGUGUUUGCCUGUGGCUUCCCAACACACAGGCUCUCAUUCUCCCUUCAUGCCAGCGACACACUCCACUCUUGGCCCAGGAGCUAACGGUCUGUCGAGCCGACAGUCUUCCGUCGAGGUUAAAGAAAGGGUGUUACUGCAGAAGAACUUGGGACAUCACAGUGUGGUCCGAGAGACCCACUUUUCUCCAUGGACGCCCCAGUCAUUGUUUUCCAUCUUCCCAGGCUACACACAACAGCUGAGCUCACAGAUGCCUCCUCAUUCAGUAUAUCCAACUGGUUUACCUGGACUAGUCCUGCCAAGUGGCCAUCCUCCACAGAUCCCAUUUUUUCCCAGACCUCAGAUCGACCAGUCACGGUCCUCAAGUCGUAGCAGCGACCAGUCAGAUGUAUCUACAAUGAGUGUAAACAGUGAUAGCAAAGGGGAGAGCUGCCUGGACUAAUCAGCUAAAAUUAUUCUUCCCUCUUUGUAACAACGGAGGUUUCCAAACUGAUUUCAUUAUUGAGUGAAGAUGUCCUGAAGAAUGCUUUGAGAACAAUGAACAAUCUACACUGGUUUUAUUUUACUCCCUUAAUAUGUGAUCGGAAUCAAUACACAAUGUUUUCAGACCAUGCAAUUCUGUACCAAUGUAAAUAAUGUAAAUGUUAAACAAAAAUGCACUGUCUGAUCAUAAAGCACAAUAAUACUGAUGUGAGACAAACAAAAUGCAUGAUCAGGCUAUUUUUCUUCAGAGAAUAUUGUUUUCUUACUCUCAACCAAAUACAACAUUUUCAGAGGGUAGGCUACAAUAAAGGGUAUAGUUACAUAAUAUGAGCCAUGAAACUAAGAGAAUGAAUGUAUUUGUUUUAACCUAGGCCUACAAAAAUGACUUUUUUAAAUAUGAGGCAGAGGUACGAUGGAAGUCAAGAAGAGGAAAAAGGCUUUCAAUUGUACCGUAUAUAGAGGCUACAAAAUGUUUCCGGAACUUUAUGUUGAUGUGAAUGUAGGGUGCGUGCACCAAUAUGUAAACCACUAUAUUUUAAAUAUAGCACUGUUUCCCUCUUUG